AUGGACGGUUCAUCUAACGGCGGCAUAACGACUACCGCUGGGCUGCUGAUGCUGGAGCAGCAAAAGCAGCCACUUGCCGCAUCGAUGGCACCCUCGCCGAAGAACAACAACGGUACUGCCGCACCGGACGAACAGCAAAACGAACGUCGACUGGCGCUGGAGAUGGAAGAGGCGAAGCGACGCAUGAAGAAGCGGGUCGAAUUCAUGCAGGAGCACCUACCGCGAAGGGAUGACUUUUUGAAGGCGCCCGAUGUGGUCGCUUUUCGAUUGCAGUCUAACGCGAAAGCAACACCGCAUAAACCGAUAAGGAUGACUAGUACGAUGUCCUGGGGCAGUGACGGUACGCCAGUGUACGUGGGUAGUCCGGUGACGGAUGAAGAUUUCGAGCAGCUGAUCGAUAGCCGUAUGCAGGGCCUUGAGGAAAUUCGGUCAGAUUCGGACUCGGACUUUGGGGACGAUCAUGGUCUACCGCCGCAGCGUGUUGCCGAAGUGGGCCAUCGUCGUGAUGCCAGAGCACUGCGCAGACCGGCCACCGGCGGUGGUAGCAGUGGCGGUGCUGGGGUCAAUGUUGGUGGACACCCGUCUGCCUCGUCCUGGAGCGAUGGCAGUAGUACGGUGAGCGAUGUGGAAGAGGAAGUGGAUCAUGAGCAGCAGCAGGAGGGAAUGUUGAAGAGUCGCACUACGGCGGACCACUCGCCGGUAGCCCUUCCAUCGUCGAUGGAAGUGUCCGGUGCACCGUUCCGAAUGCUAGUACCCCCGAUGAGCCCGGGCAGGCGGUCGGAUAGUAACGUGUUGUUCGGACCUUCCUCGUUGCCCAUAAUCCUUCCCUUCCACGUCCGUCGCCGGUUGUCCGAGUGUCGCGAAGAGGACGAAGAGGACGAGAAGCAGCAGCUGUCAUCACAUUCCCCACCAUCGGCUGCGCUCCGAUCAGCUGGUCCAAUACCCUCGAUCGUUAUCGGUACCGGCCCCAGUGAUGAGGCGGAACCGUCUGCCGCAGGCAAACCAACGCAGGAUGACGAGCACGAAGCGACCGUGCCACGUAAAUCGCGGUUCAUGGUUACGAAGACGGAGGAGCAACAGCAGCAGGAACAGCACAAACAACCGGACCUGCCGAGCCCGGGUGUGCGGCUUCGGCCAGAAACGAUCGCGCUGCUGCCGGUGUCAGCGUCACUCAACUCGCAGACGAUUCACUUUCCGUGCAGUGGCAGCGGCAGCCAACAGUAUGGCACAAACCAGCGCACCUCUGUGCGUUCCGUCUUUUCACCUGAUGCCGCACCCCACCUCAAUACGCCCCAUCUUGAUCGGCGGUUCUUCGACACAUCACUGGUAGAAAUCCGUCCACUAACCCAAAGCAGAGGCUCGCUAUCAUCGGCAACGGGAGCUGACACGAACGGUUAUGAAUCCGGUACCACUACCAACGCAUUGUCCAGGGAGCAACUACAAUCGUCGGUGGCUGGAGAACCACAACCAUCCAAGAGCAACAUUCCGUUCGAGUUGGACGAGGUGUGGGUAAAGCGCCCGGAUCCGGUGGCCACCGCCUCAACGUCCAAAGCAGAUGCGUCGACGGUGGGUGGUCGUGCUGCAACCUUACCGGCGAAUGCGAAACCCAACUACGCAGCCUUUGCCGGCAGUCCCGAGAAACAGAAGUCGCCCACGAAGGCAGUGAUUGAUGGAGUCGAUGGUGCCAGUGCUGGAAACUUUCAGCGUCCUUCGACCGCCCCGGGCACUUCCGGCGAGUCGUCAACGCGUGCCUCCAAAAAGCAGAAGAAAAGCGAGAAGGAAGCGAAGAAGAAGGAGAGUCAAGUAAUUAAAAAGAGGAUUGAGGAGGCGCGCCGGCUCGAGAAGGAAAUGCUCAAGCAGGAAAAGCUCAAUCGCAAGCACGAAAGCAUAUCGCGCAGCUCGGAGCGGGUUGGAUCGGGCGGACGGUCUGGGUCGUUGGAGCGGCGCCGCAGCGGAGAAGAAGCGCCCGUACUGAACCAAUCGACCGUGCACGGUAUUGCCAGCCCGAAUCGGAGACCGACAAUAUUCGAUGUGUUCCGGCCACGGAAGGGUUCCGAUUCGAAGAAAAAGAAAGACGACGGUAGCAAAUCUGGUUCGGACAAGGAUAGUACCGGGAUGGGCAGUGGCCCCAUCAGUACCUCCGGGGGCAUAAUGAACAGUAUGAAGGCGGCCCUACACGUCGGCGGACGGCACAGCCACCAGCAUCAACAGCCGUCCCCUCAGGGAGGAACUGCGGCCGGUGCCGCUGGGACGAAGGUGCGCGACGGUUCGGCACAUCCGCAUGCGGGCAGUGAUGCACAGUACUACCACACGGUAACGGCUGUGCGCCGAGCCGACGUCGGCAAGUCUCCGAUGACGAAGGUGAUGGAUUUGUUUAGGCACCGUUCCAACUCGGCCGUUUCCGAAGCGGAUAAACGCAAAGCGAAAGCUGCCGCACAACAUCAGCAACAACUAGCCGUCCAAUCCGCCCAUAUGCGGAGGGCUUCAGCCGAACUGGCUGAACGACGGCGAGCAUCGCUAGGAGCAACGCGAGGACUACGAGCGGACGGUACGCUCGAUCCGUAUCAUGCUGCGAUCCUGUUCCGUGACUCAAGAGGGCUGCCCGUGGCCGACCCAUUCCUGGAGAAGGUUCCACUGUCGGAUCUAGAGGAAGAUGAGUCACAGAUAUUUGUCAAGUUCUUCCGAUUUCAUAAGUGCUACGAUCUGGUACCGACCUCGGCCAAGCUGGUCGUGUUCGACACGCAGCUGCUGGUGAAGAAGGCGUUCUACGCGCUCGUCUACAACGGCGUCCGGGCGGCACCGUUGUGGGACUCGAAGCGCCAAGAGUUUGUCGGCAUGCUAACGAUCACCGAUUUCAUCAAGAUUCUAAAAAUGUAUUACAAAUCCCCGAACGCAUCGAUGGACGAGCUCGAGGAGCACAAGCUGGACACUUGGCGAAAAGUGCUACUGGAGGACGUGAAGAAGCUCGUUAGCAUCGGUCCAGAUGCGUCGCUGUACGAUGCCAUCAAGAUGCUGGUGCACAACCGCAUCCAUCGGCUGCCUGUGAUUGAUCCGGUCACCGGCAACGUGCUGUACAUAUUGACUCACAAGCGGAUACUUAGAUUCCUAUUUUUAUAUAUUAACGAACUACCAAAGCCAUCGUACAUGCAGAAAACGCUCCGAGAGAUACGCAUUGGCAGUUACAAUAACAUCGAAACGGCCACGGAAGAUACCAGCAUCAUAACGGCGUUGCACAAGUUCGUGGAUAGGCGCGUAUCCGCCCUGCCGAUGGUGGACUCCGAGGGACGCUUGACGGACAUUUACGCCAAGUUUGAUGUCAUUAACUUGGCUGCGGAAAAAACGUACAACGAUCUAGAUGUGUCCCUGAAGAAGGCGAACGAACAUCGAAACGCGUGGUUCGAGGGUGUGCAUCACUGCUCGUUGGACGAGACGCUCUACACCAUUAUGGAGCGUAUCGUGCGCGUCGAAGUGCAUCGGUUGGUGGUGGUGGACGAGCUGAAGAAGGUGAUCGGUAUCAUCUCACUGUCCGACAUUCUGCUCUACCUGGUGCUGCGCCCGAGCGGUGACGGUAUUGGCGACUCGGAGUCGCUCCGUGCGACCGAUCCGAAGCUGAUGAAACCGGCCUCACCGGGCAGCAGCGGCAAACUGCACGCGACGAAACGCGACAGCAGCAACGAAAGCAUCGAGGAGGAGAAAGAAACCACCGAGGAGGAUGCGGCCGUAGCGGAGGACGCUGCCCACAAGACUGAAACCGUCACGCCACCGGACGAGAGCGCGGAAAAGGACGAAACGGUGGAACAGCAGGCAGCUUUGGAACGGCGUGACGAUUCCGUCCCGGAGCUGGCGGCAGAAGAGUUGGCGGAGGAGGCGAAGGAAGACGAUACGGCAUCGACGCCGGUCGAUCGCAGCAGUGCCAAUGAUUCUCCCGUUGCGCAGGAAAUGCUCGCCACCGACGUACCGCUGCAGUCCGUCCAGCGGGAGGUGGGAUUAGUUAGUGAGUAA